AGCCGUUUCGGGCUCAAACGCAGCUUAGGGCUCAGCGUCAGGCUUGUGAGGACAGAGGCGCACUGGGCGCUCGUGCCCUGGGGAUGUCCUUCCGCGAGCUUCGAAACUUCUGCGAGGUCAUGCGCUCCCUGGGGUACCACCGCCUCAUCUCCAUGGAGAAUUUCCGGUCUCCGAACUUCGAGCUCGUCGCCGACAUUUUGGACUGGCUGCUACACCGCUUCGAGCCAAACUGCGCCAUCCCCGACGACAUCAGCACGGAGGCUCACCGCGUCGAGUUCGUCAAGGCGGUCUGCGAAAAGGUCGUGUUGCGGACAGGCUUGAAGCUCAACGCGCGAAAGCUCUACGGUGCCGAUGGAUACGCCGUCAAGGAGUUGCUGAGAUUGGCCAACGUUCUUUACGAGGCACAGAGAUCAGUAGUAGACGUCACCGAUGGGUUGACCGACGAUUUCGCUCUGAACUCGAAGUUGGCUGACUUGAAAAGCACACGCUCCCUCUGCUCUAGCAUUGUCGAAUCUGGUGCCUCGCUGUUCGAGUUGCUCCAGAAGGAGUCAGAGAAUCGGGCAGACCGCGAGAAGGCGCUAUCCUUCUUGGACGGUAUGAGCCGGAAUCUCGGCAGUAACAGCGAAACCGACGUUAUCGAGCGCGUCCUGGCCCAGCAACUAGGGAGUCAUGGCCAGAACCUGGAGCAGAUGAAGCAGAUGUCGGAGGAGCUUCAGCGCGACGAGAAGCAGCUAGAGCAGAAGAUUCGCAAGAAGCGCCAGGAGCUGGAACGCUCCCGGAAGCGCCUGGGCAGCCUCGCCAGCGUGCGCCCAGCGUUCAUGGACGAGUACGAGCAGCUGGAGCAGGAGCUGGAGCGCUACUACGAGCAGUACGUGGGCCGCUUCCGCAACCUGGACUACCUCGAGCACGAGAUGGACGCGCUCCACCGCGAGGAGCUGGAUCGCAUGGAGGCGAACGAGCGGGCGCUGAAGAAGAUGCAGCAGCGCCUGCGGGACGAGGAGUGGCGGCUCCUGCGCGGGGAGGAGGACGAGCGCGCCAAGGGCAAGGCCCGUAAGCACGCGGGCGGCGCCAAGAGGUGGAUGCCGCCCGGGCCUGCCGCCGUCGACGGCAGCAUGGAUGCCCCAGACGACGAGGAGUCGGACGGCUCCGACAGCGGCAGCGACGAGCCGAUCAGCGUCGGCCCGUCCGAGAGCGGCAGCGAGGGAGGCCCCGGGGGCGGCCUGGGCGGCGGCCCCCUCGGGGGCCCCGGGCGGGGCCGCCCGGGCGCGGGCCAGCAGGGCCCGGGCGGGGAGGCCGCGGUGUCCAUCGGCGGCAGCGUCUCCGACGACGACAUCCUGAACGAGUCGGAGGACGACGGGGACUCGGCCUCGGACGAGGGCUUCGCCGGGCUCGGGAGCAGGCCUCCGCAGGGGGGCAGCGACUACGACUUCUAGGGCCCCCCGGGCCGCCGCCGCCCUCGAUCGAGGCGGGAGAAGCGCCGGCGAUGGCGCGCGCCCGCUGGUGUCCCGAGCCGGCCGCGCGGGGCCCGCCGCCGAUCGGCGGCGCGCCUGGGGGGGAAUUCGAAGAAGUCUUGGCUCGGAGAGGGAGGGGGAGUCUAGGGCGGGGCAUUCCCGCCUCCAGGUCGGGGGGGGGGUGCGAAGAGAAUUCUUGCUGCAGCGACCGCGGCAGCUCUUUAGGCUGGACUGCUGACUCCUGGGCCGCGCCUGAGCCUGCUGAACAGUCGUCGGCCUCCCACCGCUGUCGUCGUCGUCAUCGUCGCCGUCGCCGUGGCCAUCGUGAUUGUCAGCAUCACCGGCCUUCAUCCCAGGCUGUGGUCGCGUGGGCCACGCGGUAGGUCUGUUUCGGUGAGCAUUCUGCUCACGUGCGUUGAUGUGCUUGUCGUUGUGCGAGUUCGCUGCGUCGAUGGUUCUGCUUUCGGUUCCCACAUGCAGCUGGAAAGUAUUCUGCUGCGUGGAGGCGAACGAUCUCUUCUGGCGCAUCCAGGAUAGUUCUGGAGCGCAGAAGUGUGCGCGCGGUUUCCGUGCCAAACGGCUAUGGCAAGAGUAAAUUCUUGGCAACGGCUUCUGGAUACAUCGGUUGCACCCACUCGGUCCGAUUGGGUCUGGCUGGAAUCCCGGACCCGCAGUGGCCUAGUCUCUAUUGCAGAGUUGAUGCCGCUAGAUUAUCUAUCGUGCACAUGCGCCAAAAGGCCGGAAGCUCCAGAAAAGUAGAUACAAGAGGUUGAGGAGGCUAUCGACUCACUGGACGAACACAUUUGGCAAGUUGUCGUAGAG